AAUUUUGUGUUGAUAUGAUAAUUUUAACUAACGAACUUUAUUCUACAGCGGAGGUAUACACGGUGACCGACCUACAAACACAUGUGUUAAAUUUUAUAGCUACCCGAGAAGAGUUGACAGUGUACUGUAACUGUGUCUCGUGUGCUACAUAAAACAUAAAGAGCCAUAAUGCUUUCUAUUACGAGAUAUGCGAGAUUUCUCCCGAAACGUGUUGCAUUAAGUCGCUGUCUGUCCUCAAUACCUGACCAAUAUGUAGCUGUCAAUGAGCCAAUGCAUGAAUAUGCCCCAGGCAGCAAAGAAAAGAAGGAACUUGAAGCAGCCCUUGCAAAAUAUGAGAAUUCUGUGGAGGAUAUCCCAAUUGUCAUUGGGGAUGAGGAAAUCAGAACAAAUGAAGUUCGCCACCAAGUUGCUCCAUUUGAUCAUCAGAAGAGGAUAGCACAGUUUUCUUAUGCAUCUGCUGACAUUGUACAGAAAGGGAUAGAUACAAGUUUACGCGUACGACGGGACUGGGAGAGACGCCCUCUUUAUGAGCGGGCUGAGAUCUUCCUCAAGGCAGCUGACCUGAUGAGUGGAAAGUACAGAAUGGACCUCCUGGCCACUACAAUGAUGGGACAGGCAAAGAAUGUUGUACAAGCUGAGAUAGACGCAGCUGCUGAGCUCAUCGAUUUCCUCCGCUUUAACUCACAGUUUGCUCAGGAUAUAACAAAAUACCAACCCCUCAGUCCAGCUGAAAAUGUCACCAAGAAUUCCACAGUGUAUAGAGGAAUGGAGGGUUUCUGGGCUGCUAUCACUCCAUUUAACUUCACAGCCAUUGGAGGUCAUUUAGCACAGGCUCCAGCCCUCAUGGGUAAUGUGUGUCUGUGGAAACCUUCCGACACUGCCAUGCUAUCCAACUAUACAGUGUUCAAGAUCUUUCGUGAGGCUGGGGUUCCAGCAGGUGUCAUCAACUUCAUUCCUGCAGAUGGUCCGGUGUUUGGGGAUACAAUUACAAACUCCCAUGACCUUGCUGGUAUCAAUUUCACAGGCAGUGUCAGGACCUUUCAUCACUUGUGGAAGCAGGUUGGCCAAAACUUGGAGAAGUACCGAACAUAUCCCAGACUCAUAGGAGAGUGUGGAGGAAAGAACUUCCACUUCGUUCACCCAUCGGCAGAUGCUGACAGUGUUGUUAACGGCACCAUUCGGUCAGCUUUUGAGUAUGGUGGUCAGAAGUGCUCAGCUUGUUCCCGUGCGUAUGUCCCAGAAUCCUUGUGGCCUAAGAUCAAAGACGGCAUGGUCAACAUCCACAAGCAAAUCAAAGUGGGCUCCCCACUGGAAAAUGACACCUUUGUGUCUGCUGUGAUUGAUGAUAAGUCUUUUGGUCGCAUCAAGGGAUAUUUAGAUCAUGCAAAGACAUCUCCAAAUCUCUCAGUCGUUGCUGGUGGCUCAUGUGACAACAGCAAAGGAUAUUUUGUGGAGCCAACCAUCAUAGAAACAAGUGAUCCAUCAGACAAAAUCAUGCAGGAGGAAAUAUUUGGCCCUGUCGUGACAGUGUAUGUGUAUCCUGACAACAAGUACAAAGAAGUCACAGAGCUUGUCACCAAGACUUCACCCUUUGCUUUGACUGGUGCCAUUUAUGCACAAGAUGAGAAAGUAAAGAAAGAACUGGUUGAAAUGCUUAAAGACUCGGCUGGUAAUUUCUACAUCAAUGAUAAAUCGACUGGAUCUGUUGUGGGACAGCAGCCAUUUGGAGGAGCUAGACUGUCAGGUACAAAUGACAAAGCUGGGGGUCCUCACUACUUACUGAAAUUUGUGUCGGUCCAGUCUGUCAAGGAAACAAUGGUUCCAUCAAAGGAAUGGCGAUACCCAUCUAUGGCAGUGGCUCAGUGAGGACGCCAGCACUACAGUAUGUGGACUACUGUUGUUGGUCUGUGACUGGGGAUUGUGAUGUGUUCAAACCUCAGUUAUAGGAUGUGUGGUUUGAAUACAUGGUUCUCCCAGCCAAAAUUAGCUGUAGUGUUUACUUGUUGUUUUCACACAGAAAUUAUGUCAUUUGACGAGAACAGUCGUAAACAAUGGACUUGUAAAGAUUGACUGUCAUUGACUUAUAAGAUAUCUUGAUUGUCAUUGAAUCCACAAAAAUUGUUACAAGUUUUAUUGUAUACAUACAUGUACUCGAGGAUAUAGACUUAUAAUGUACUAACUCAUUUGACAGUAUUGUCAUAUUAAUCAGAAACAGUGUUAUAUAGAGGUACAUUGAUUGAUGUGGCUUUAAACACCAGAUGAAUUGUUAAGUUACACAGGAAAGAUAAUAAAUAUAAAUUUAUAUUUACAAAGAUGGUGAAUUCACUAAGGAAUGUCUGUUAUUUGAAGUGAGUGUUGUUUGUCUAGUAGCCUUUUUCCCAUGUUCUCCCUUUAAAGAUCCUGGAUUGUAAAAAAGGCUCACAACUUGGAUAAUACAAAAAGGAAUCUGCACUCCAAAACUGUUUGUCUGUGUAAUCCUGCUGUUACCCUCUCCAGGGAACAGAUAGAAAUUUUGUUAAUAUCAAUUCAUUUUCAUCUACAACUAAUUUCCUGGUAUUUAAUGGUGACAGGUCUGAAAAUCCUAUGUUCAGUAUCUAGAGAUUAUUUAUUUGAUAUUUAAACGUGCUGCUGAUAUCAUUCCAGUGUUUGGACAUCGGGCAUAUUUACAUCAUAUCAUGUUUUCUACUUUUACUUUUUGUUUUUUUGUUAUCAUUAACAUUUAGUGCUCAAUUUAAAUAGACUUUGUUGGAAGUUAUCCAUUCUAUCUGUCUAGUAUCGCUUUGCUAGCAGCUAUGUUAUUGCUUCUGUUUUAGGUUCCAUGUUUAUUUUUUAAUACCUUAAGACUCUGAAGAUUGAAUGCAUCGUCUUCUUUCAGAAGAGUUCCCCAUUCCUCAAAGUGUACUUGAUAAAUAUUAAUGUGUUCUUUUUCUAAACACAUAUUUUAUUAUUGUAAAUAUAGUAUUGUUCAGUAGUAAACAUUUUGUAACGGCAGCAAAAUGUAUAAAGCAGGUUAUUGAGUUUAGAUUCUUUACGUUCCUGUUUUGUUUAUAUUGCUCAGGGGAUGUUCGACAUUUGAGUUUAGACGUUAUAAUGGUAUCUGUUCGUUGCCCUAAAAUAAUAUUGCCACUUACAGAUCCAGGAUUUUGGAAAAGAAGGGCAGGGCCCAGACACAGUUGCCUCCUAACACAAUAAAAAAUGAUAAUAUAUAAAUGCUUACCUUUAAGAAGAAUCAAUCUCCACCCUUUGGACCUUAACUAAUUCUUCACCCUCCUUUAAGUCUCUUAACAUGAGUUUGAGCCAGAAGUAAGGGAGAAAACUCAUGAUAAAAGUUACAAAAUUUUCUUUAGUUAGUUCAUUUAUCAUGAAAACUGAAAUUCUGAGUUCAUUUUUAUUGUGUAUUUCGUGUAUAGGUAUCCAUUUCUGGUAGACUAAAGUACCAUCUAACACAGUUUUUUCUAUAACUUUUACCAUCUCGUCACACUAUUUUCUACCUUAGAGUACAUAGGAUUGAUAGCUCAGCAGAAAAAUUGGUUGAUAUCUAACCAUCGCAUCAGUUUUGUAUGCUUCACACUGGGGCUUUUUGUCUGAUGAAAGUCACCUUGAAGUCAGCAUUUUCUCUACCAGUAAAUGUGUUAUAAGAACUUUUAUUGAACGUCAGGUUGAUGCACGUGUAUAAAAAGUGUAUAGUACACAAACCUGAUUUAUUCAUGGAAAGUAAUGAUAUAGGAUACCUCAGUACAAUUAGAUACAUAAGAAGUGAAAAAAGAUUUCACUUCCAAUACAGGUAAAUACAGGAGUUAAAUCAUGUGUGAUGAUGGAUGUAGAAUUAUAAUUGUUAUUCACUGUUAAAUACUCAGAAUCAUGAUAAAUGAUAGUCUUAUUUGUACAACUGUAUUUUUAUGGUCUCUUGACAUUUGCAAACAUUUGUUUAAUAUUUAAACUUGUAUUGCAGAUUAUGAAAUGGUACCAGCAUAUCAAUCAAUUCCUAUUUUACAGAGAUCAACAACUACAUUGUUUAAAUUAUUUUUAUUUUUUAAACUUGUACAAUUUAUAAUUCAAUUUUCCAAUUCUUCAAUAUAUAAAUUAAAUUUACUUUGGUCGUAGACUCUGAUUUAGCAAACCAACAGAUGUAAGAAUGAGAAAUGACAGGUUAUGUACUCCCUAAUAAGGACAUCAGUACAUGCUUAAAUAUUUUAAUCAUGUAUGCUCAGAGCCAUAAGUGAGAUACUGUUCAAUUUAUAGUAUUUCAUUAAGAACUUUAAAGCCAUUAAUGAAAUACUGCAAGUUGAAAAUUAAAAGAACUUUAAAGCCAUUUUAGUUUUUAAUACAUUUUCUGGUCUUUAUGGAUAAGAUGAUUACAUAUUCAAUCAUGUUUUUGUUUUGGUGUUUCAGAUAAAGGUUGACUUUAUCCUUUUGAGUUGGUCUAUGUUUAUAACUGAAUUAUUUUAUUUUAUUAUAGAGUUGGUUCUUUGUUGAUUUUAAAGAAGGCAUAAUAGAAAGAUAUAAGAACGUUUUAUUUCUAAUCAAUGAAAUAUUGAAUCUCAAGCUCUCGAAUGAAUACUUUCCGUGUUUUUUGUGCUAUUCCAAUUUGGUUUUCGGUAUAUACGUGUUUAUGUGGUGUUUUCUGAAAGGCUUUAUAAAAUCGGGUUUUGGAGUGAUGUAUUUUAUCAGAUUUGUAUUUACAUAAAGAAGGAUGAUAGUUGAGAUUUAUUAAAUAUGAAUUUUGUUUAAUCUAUGUCUUAAGGUUUACUAAAUAAACACCAUGUUGUAUACAAUGUACUUACCCCACAAUUUAAUGUUCUUAAUGAAAUCAAUAUAUUAUUCUGGAUAGGCUCUGUCCCAUAUCUUACUUAGAUAUACAUUGUAUACUGUUUGAGGCGAUGCUUGAAUAAAUGCAUAUCACAAUGAAAA